GCCGAGCGGGAGACCAGAGCCCGCGCGGAAGCCGCAGCCGCAGCCGCAGCCGCCAUGCGCAGCCCCGGGCCCGCCUGCUGCGCGCUGCUGCUGGUCCUGGGGCUCUGCCGGGCGCGCCCCCGGAACGCACUGCUGCUGCUCGCAGAUGAUGGCGGCUUCGAGAGUGGCGCGUACAACAACAGCGCCAUCGCCACCCCGCACCUGGACGCCUUGGCCCGCCGCAGCCUCCUCUUCCGCAACGCCUUCACCUCCGUCAGCAGCUGCUCUCCCAGCCGUGCCAGCCUCCUUACUGGCCUGCCCCAGCAUCAGAACGGGAUGUACGGGCUGCACCAGGACGUGCACCACUUCAACUCCUUCGACAGGGUGCGGAGCCUGCCACUGCUGCUCAGCCAGGCCGGUGUGCGCACAGGCAUCAUCGGGAAGAAGCACGUGGGGCCGGAGACCGUGUACCCGUUUGACUUUGCUUACACCGAGGAGAACAGCUCCGUCCUCCAGGUGGGGCGGAACAUCACAAGAAUUAAGCUGCUCGUCCGGAAAUUCCUGCAGACUCGGGACCACCGGCCUUUCUUCCUCUAUGUCGCCUUCCACGACCCCCACCGCUGUGGGCACUCCCAGCCCCAGUACGGAGCCUUUUGUGAGAAGUUUGGCAAUGGAGAGAGCGGCAUGGGUCGCAUCCCAGACUGGACCCCACAGGCCUAUGACCCACAGGACGUGCUGGUGCCUUACUUCGUCCCCAACACCCCGGCAGCCCGAGCCGACCUGGCUGCUCAAUACACCACCAUCGGCCGCAUGGACCAAGGAGUUGGGCUUGUGCUCCAGGAGCUGCGUGACGCAGGUGUCCUGAAUGACACACUGGUGAUCUUCACAUCCGACAAUGGGAUCCCCUUCCCCAGUGGCAGGACCAACCUAUACUGGCCGGGCGCCGCUGAGCCCUUCCUGCUGUCAUCCCCAGAGCACCCGAAACGCUGGGGCCAGGUCAGCGAGGCCUACGUCAGCCUCCUAGACCUCACGCCCACCAUCCUGGACUGGUUCUCCAUCCCCUACCCCAGCUAUGCCAUCUUUGGCUCGAAGACCAUCCAGCUCACUGGCCGGUCCCUCCUGCCAGCGCUGGAGGCCGAGCCCCCCUGGGCCACCGUCUUCGGCAGCCAGAGCCACCACGAGGUCACCAUGUCCUACCCCAUGCGCUCCGUGCACCACCAGAACUUCCGCCUCGUGCACAACCUCAACUUCAAGAUGCCCUUUCCCAUCGACCAGGACUUCUACGUCUCACCCACCUUCCAGGACCUUCUGAACCGCACCGCAACUGGGCGGCCCACAGGCUGGUACAAGGACCUCCAUCAUUACUACUACCGGGCACGCUGGGAGCUCUACGACCAGAGCCGGGACCCCCAUGAGACCCAGAACCUGGCCGCCGACCCGCGCUUUGCACAGGUUCUGGAGAUGCUUCAGGCCCAGCUGUCCAAGUGGCAGUGGGAGACCCAUGACCCCUGGGUGUGUGCCCCUGACAGCGUCCUGGAGGAGAAGCUCUCUCCCCAGUGCCAGCCCCUCCACAAUGAGCUGUGACCACCCCAGGAGGCCUGUGCACACGUCCCACACACAGCCCUGUGGCGGCCAGCCUGGGGAGCAGUAACGACAGCCCUUCCCUCCACACUCUUGUCCAGGGUGGGUCCUUCCUUCCUGCAGGGUGUCACUCCCGCCAAUGCCUGGAGGGGGACCAGAGCGUGUGCUCAGCCCCUCCACCGCCAGGGGCACUGCUGUCAUGGCAAGGGACACGGCUGUCUCAUGUCUGAACCACGUCCCGGCACUGGAAUUGUAGCCAUGAUCUGAGGACAGGGCAGCAUCCCCAGCCCAUGACAAGGGGGUCUGUUUUCUGGCUUGGUUUGGGGACCUACAAAUGGGAGGCUUGAAGCCUCUUCAGGCUUCGGCACCCACAGAUGCUUCUGAGCCCUUCACAGAGGCAGGUGGGGGCUUCGGUGCUGCAUGAGCGGCGGGCAGACUGGCUCUUCCCAGCCUCUGGCCUAGCGGAAGCCUUUGAAUGACCCUUGGCCAGGUUUCUGCUUCUUCUGUUUUGCCCCACAGUCAAGCACCAGGUCCCCAGGCAGGUUUCAGCUGGUUGGCAGCAGGCUCCCUGAGUGUUGAGUGUUUCUGGGCAGAAGCUUAUCUCUUGUGAGAAUGUCUGAAGAUGAAGGCAUGGCGAUGCCCCUGUCCUGUGGCUUGGGUUAAUUCUUGGGUGACACUGGCACUGCUGGGAGAAUGCGCCGUUCCUGCCUUGCCUCUGCCCACCUCGGGAGCAGAAGCUGGGCCUGGACGCCUCUCAAAGGAAAGGGAGCUUCCUUGAGUGGGUGGGCUGCCCUUGGCCUUUCCCCCCUCACUCCAUUCUGGGGUGGGCUGGAGGAAGCCACAGGCCAGCUACUGUAAAAGCUUUUUAUUUUAGUAAAAUAUAUAGUUCUUUUCCUGAA